AUGAGUUCAACUUCGCCCGCCACCGCUACCAGUCAACCAAAGGAUGGUGACAAAGCCGACGAAUAUGUGAAUCCUUUGGACCAAAGUCCUCGAUGGGCCCUGGCCACGAGGGCAUAUGCAAUACGAUCUGGUGCUAGCCUGGGCUUUGGUAUUUCACAUGCUUGGGCUCCACCGGAGCUGGCGCCCGUCAAAGUGAUAUGGCUCGAUGCUCUCUUGGGCGACUGGAAGGCAAAGCAGGCCAUUCGCGUCGACAUCUGGGAGCCUCCUUCCAUGUCGCCAAGCACGGUCAAUCCAGAAUUUUCAUCCACCUCGCAGCCUCCGGCUUCAGAUUCGCUUGCGCUAGCAGCAGCUCCAAAUGUUGUCGCCAAGACCCCAACGGACGAAGUAGAAGAUAAUGCCAGCAUCAAAUCAGGGUGCAGCAACGCAUCAUCAAGGAGCAGCACGGGGAGCAACAAAUCCAAGUUGAGCGGUCCUAGGAGGCCUAGGUUUCAGAAAAUAGCCAGUAGCCUAAGCUCCAGGAGCUCAAAGUCACUGGCCAGCAUCCGUUCCCGACUAUCGAGGAGUAACACUGCCUCUGGAUUAUCCUUGGACUCUAUCACUAGGCGCCCCGCCGUCAUCAACUUCCACGGCGGCGGCUUCGUGGUCGGUGAAGGCACGGACGACUCACGGUGGUGCGCAGCCGUUGCCAAAUCCCUGAAUGCCGUCGUCUUUUCUGUGAGCUACCGCCUGGCUCCGGGGUAUCCAUUUCCCAACCCCGUAGAAGAUUGCGCUUCGGCCAUAGUCCAGAUCUGCUCUCAGGAUAUGGCGUCUCAGUACGCCAUCGAUACCUCCCGCGUCAUUCUCUCGGGCUUCUCAGCCGGCGGCAACCUCGCCCUCGCCAGCUGGGCCGCCCUCCAAGACCCCGCCCGCUGGGGUUACGACUCGGUUUUACCUACGCCGCCGCUGGAGAUGGCCGGCAUGGCUCUCUUUUAUCCCUUGCUGGACUGGACCAUCACCCGAGACAUAAAGCGGCAGAGCUGCGACCGUCCGGACCUCACGCUCCCCAAAGGACUGACGGAUUUGUUUGACGCUUCCUACAUCUACCCACCCAUACAGAGUAACAAACGUGACGACCCGCGCCUGUCCCCAGGUCUCAUGCCGGAUGGAAUGCUUCAGCAGCUCCCACCCGUGCACCUUUGCCUUUGCGAGUACGACAUGCUUCUCGCCGAGGGCCUGACGUUCACAGAGAGGCUUAGGAGCCAUGGAAGGACUGUUGAGACUCGUGUCGUCAAGGGCGAGAGGCAUGGGUGGGACAAGCCACCGCUAUGGGCGCCCAAGGAGAACGCGGCGGUUGAGUACGAGGCUGCGAUUAGGUCGUUGAAGACUUGGUUGGGUUGA